UCCCCCCCUUCCUUCCCAGCCUUUCCUCAGCACCCCCCAAACUGUAGUGAACAUAUCAUCUGGAAGCUUCUGAAUGGGAGCUUCGAGAAACCAUCCCAUAAGUAUAAAAAGACGCCGUUAUGCCACGGGGUCUGCAUAGAGUCAGAAGACACUUGCUACAACACAACUAAGAGAGACCUACCGCCCACAGAAGCAGCAGUCAAGCCCACAUUUGAAGUGCUUCAAGAAGAAGAAGCUCAGUGAUUCAUUUACUUAAAAGAAGAGACAGAAGAUACAAUUAUAUUCAAGAUGCCUGAGAGCGCUGGACACAUUAUGGAGGAGGAGGUGGAGACCUUUGCCUUCCAGGCUGAAAUUGCUCAGCUUAUGUCCCUCAUUAUCAACACUUUCUACUCAAACAAAGAGAUCUUCCUCAGAGAGCUCAUCUCCAACUCCUCAGAUGCCUUGGAUAAAAUCAGAUAUGAAAGCCUGACAGACCCCAGCAAACUUGAGUCUUGCAAGGACCUGAAGAUUGAAAUCAGGCCUGACCUGCACGCUCGCACCUUGACCAUCCUCGACACAGGUAUCGGCAUGACCAAAGCUGACCUGAUCAACAACCUGGGCACAAUUGCCAAGUCUGGCACCAAGGCUUUCAUGGAGGCUCUGCAGGCUGGCGCUGACAUCUCCAUGAUCGGCCAGUUUGGUGUGGGUUUCUACUCUGCCUACCUGGUGGCCGAGAAGGUGACAGUCGUAACCAAGCACAAUGAUGAUGAGCAGUACGUGUGGGAGUCUGCAGCUGGAGGCUCAUUCACAGUCAAACCUGAUACAGGAGAGCCGAUUGGCAGAGGCACAAAAGUGGUCCUUCACCUCAAAGAAGACCAGACAGAGUACUGCGAGGAGAAGCGCAUCAAAGAAGUUGUGAAGAAGCACUCACAGUUCAUUGGCUAUCCUAUUACACUUUUUGUGGAGAAGACAAGAGAGAAGGAAGUGGACCUGGAGGAGGGAGAAAAGGAAGAGGAAGUUGAAAAAGAUGCCGCCGAGGACAAGGACAAACCUAAGAUUGAGGAUGUUGGCUCUGAUGAGGAUGAAGACACAAAGGAUGGCAAGAACAAGAGGAAGAAGAAGGUCAAGGAAAAGUUCAUUGAUGCCCAGGAGCUCAACAAGACCAAGCCUAUCUGGACCCGUAACCCAGAUGACAUCACCAAUGAAGAGUAUGGCGAGUUCUAUAAGAGUCUCACCAACGACUGGGAGGACCACCUGGCUGUGAAGCAUUUCUCAGUGGAAGGCCAGCUGGAAUUCCGCGCCUUACUCUUUGUACCCAGAAGAGCUGCAUUUGACCUCUUUGAAAACAAGAGAAAGAGAAACAACAUCAAGCUUUAUGUGCGGAGGGUCUUCAUCAUGGACAACUGCGAGGAGCUUAUUCCAGAGUAUCUCAAUUUCAUCAAGGGCGUGGUGGACUCUGAGGACCUGCCACUAAACAUCUCCAGAGAGAUGCUGCAGCAGAGCAAGAUCCUGAAGGUCAUCCGCAAGAACCUGGUCAAGAAGUGCUUGGAGCUUUUCACAGAACUGUCUGAGGACAAGGACAACUACAAGAAGUUGUAUGAGCAGUUCUCCAAGAAUAUUAAACUUGGAAUCCAUGAAGACUCUCAGAACAGGAAGAAACUCUCUGAGCUGCUCCGCUACUACACCUCAGCCUCCGGAGAUGAAAUGGUGUCCUUGAAAGACUAUGUCUCCCGCAUGAAAGAUAACCAGAAGCACAUCUACUACAUCACUGGUGAGACCAAAGACCAGGUUGCUAACUCUGCUUUUGUGGAACGCCUUCGCAAAGCCGGCCUGGAGGUCAUCUACAUGAUUGAGCCCAUUGAUGAGUACUGUGUCCAGCAGCUGAAGGAGUAUGAUGGCAAGAACUUGCUUUCAGUCACCAAGGAAGGCCUGGAGCUGCCUGAGGAUGAGGACGAGAAGCAGAAGCAGGAAGAGCUCAAAACUAAGUUUGAGAAUCUUUGCAAGAUCAUGAAGGACAUCCUUGACAAGAAGAUUGAAAAAGUCACUGUCUCCAACCGCUUGGUCGCUUCCCCCUGCUGCAUUGUCACCAGCACCUAUGGUUGGACAGCCAACAUGGAGAGGAUCAUGAAGUCUCAAGCACUGAGAGACAACUCCACCAUGGGAUACAUGACUGCUAAGAAGCACCUUGAGAUUAACCCCUUGCAUCCAAUCAUUGAGACCUUGAGGGAGAAGGCAGAGGCCGACAAGAACGAUAAGGCUGUGAAGGACCUGGUCAUCCUCCUCUUUGAGACUGCCUUGCUCUCCUCAGGAUUCACACUGGAAGACCCACAAACACAUGCCAACCGCAUCUACAGAAUGAUCAAACUUGGUCUUGGAAUUGAUGAUGAUGAUUCUGCAGUGGAAGACAUCAUUCAGCCCUGUGAUGAAGAUAUGCCAGUCUUGGAAGGAGACGAUGACACAUCAAGGAUGGAGGAAGUUGACUAAUGUACUUACUAGACUUUAUUUUAUUUUUAUUUUUUAAUUUAUGUCCCUAAUUUAAGUGUACAUUAUUUUUAGCAGAGUUUCUGUUAGUAAACAAUGUGCUAGUCAGACAAAGUUAAUGGAAUAAAUGCAGACCACAGUGGCUUUAGUUUAUAUUUUAACAGCCACUUAUAAAACUACUGACAGUCACUAAGAGUAAUAUUGCGUCACUGGGGAUUUGACUUAUAUUUCUUUUUGUAAUUUUUUUUUA